UAAUAUUCUUGCUUUUUUUCUUUAAGAUGCUUCAUGCUGAAUGUAAAAUAAGGCCUUUGGAAUGUCAAGAUGAAAUGACAAUUGAACCAUGUUCUAAAAAAAUGAAAUCAACAGAAGAAACUCAUGAUAAAUCCUGUGAUGAUAGUUUCCAGGGAUCUCAUAUGAAAACAGACACUGAGAGAAUAAACAAUGAAUGGAUACCUUUAUGCAUCUCUGAUGACCAAGGAAAAGAGGAAGUGCAGCAGAAAGAGAAUGAAAAUACAAAUGUCUUGGAAACAUCCAGUGAAGAAUUCCCUUGUAAUAGGCCAGGGAUUAUUGAGUCUUCAACGAUCAUGCAGAGUGUAAAUCUUCCAAUAGAAGACAUUGAGGUUACAGAAAAUAAAUGCCCUUUCAUUACUGAAAAAGUUGAUGAAGCUAAUAUUAAAGAAACUAGCAAUAAAUCAUUCACAGUAAAGGCUGAAGAAUAUGGUACAAGCAAAGUAUUUAUUGGGCCCGUUUACAGACCUGUGGAGGAGAACAAACAGGAUGAAACCAGGAAUUUCACUAAAUUUAGGACAGGCAGAGAGAAACAAAAUGCUGUACUUGACAACAAAAUUGACAAAGAGGAAGGAAAGAAAAUACAGACUCUCUCUUGUGAUGUAUCAGAAAUAGAUGAUGAAUUGUGCCAAUUUUAUAAAGAAAUUCAGCAGCUUGAAAGUGAUAAAGAUGAGUUAGAAGGUCACUUACAGAAAAAAGAAACUGAAUCAUCUCAGGAACGAUUUAUACCAUGUAAUAAAUACAGUCAGUCAUCUCACAAGGAUGAACAAGAUACCUGGUACAGUAGAACACAAUCAUAUUAUGACAAUGAACAAUGUUUCUAUAAUGAACCAAGUGGCCGGAAGACAGGCAGUGAACCAAAAUGUUUUGACAAUGAAACAAAUGGCUGGAGAACUGAGAAUCAUUUUAAUUGGCAAGUGGAUUCUAAAUUCUGGAACCAUUCAGUUCCUCAGUUUAGGCCUGGAUGGCAGCCAACACAAUCUUUCAUAAUGCCUCAGGGUCCUCUUCCUCUUAGGUUCAACCAUCAUUUAGAUGUUCAAACGCUUAAUUCCCCACCACAUCAACCAGAUACUCUCCAUCCUCAGAAUGAUGGACCUCCUCACAAGAAUUAUGUGGGUUACCAUGGAAAUAGUGGCAGUACUAACAGGAGUUGUCCAUUGUUUGAUCAGAAUAAUAGUUAUGCUGGUCAUAUUGACAUCCAGAGUACGCAAGUCUCCAGAAAUGGAUAUAGCGACCAGGAUGGAUGCAUGAAUAAUGGUUUCUGUGAAACCAGAAAAGAGUGUUGGAAAGAUCCUAGAACUUACCAGAUAGAGGGAAUACACAAUUUUAAUUUUCAGCAGUUUUCAGAAGACAAGUUAUGUAGGUUGCAGAAAUUACUUCUAAUUUUAAGAGGUCUUCCUGGCUCAGGGAAAACAACACUGUCUCGUAUUCUACUUGGUCAAAAUCGUGACGGCGUGGUAUUCAGCACCGAUGAUUAUUUUCGACAGCAAGAUGGAUAUACAUAUAACGUUGCUCAGCUUGGUGAAGCUCAUGACUGGAACCAGAAGAGAGCAAAGCAAGCUAUGGACCAGGGAAGAUCUCCAAUUAUAAUAGACAACACUAAUACUCAAGCCUGGGAAAUGAAGCCGUAUGUGGAAACGGCUCUAGGGAAAGGCUACAGAGUGGAAUUCCAUGAGCCAGACACAUGGUGGAAGUUUGAUCCUGAGGAGUUAGAAAAGAGAAAUAAACAUGGGGUCCCUCGUGAGAAGAUUGCUCAGAUGUUGGAACGAUAUGAAUAUCAAAUGUCCAUCUCUGUUGUAAUGAAUUCAGUGGAACCUCCUCACAAAAACACACAAAGGCCACCUCCACAGCGAAGACAGAGGUGGGGAAGCUGUAUAGACUCUUGGAAUUCUUUCAGUGUUUCAAAUAACCGAUAACUCAGGUUACAUUCAACUAACACCAGUUUGUUGAUCACUCUUUUAAAAAUAUUAAACAGUGGACUUUCUCCUGAGGUUUAAAUAGGCUUAAUGCAAUUAAAGGACCAUUCUCUCUUGGAGAUUGUUCCAUUAAACAAAGUUUUGGAGGCUUAAAUGUAAAUAAAAUUUAAUAUAAAAAUGUAUGUUAAAUGUUUUUACAAUCUCUAUUUAUUACAUUUGUACUAACUUUGGUUUUGGAUAGUGUAAAGUAAACAAGUCUUCCUUUAUAGUUGGGUCUCAAAUAAUGUUAUCUACAGAGGAUAUUGUUGAGCAGAUUUUUGUUUUUGUUCUUUUUUUGAGGAAGUCCUAACAAAACUUAGGAAACAAAACUGUUUUUUAAAUAGAACUCAGAAAAGCCCAGAGUUAUAAGUUACGUGUGUAGUUAUUGCAUUUUAACUAUUUCCACUGCUUUUUAAUAUUUUAUCCAACUUUUACCAGGUUUUUAUACUGAACAAUUAUGUUUUCUAUUUCUUGCUGGAUGCUUGUUCAUUUUAAUUGGUAUCCAAAAUGUUGUCACAUUUAUAACCCAGAUUUCCUUUCCUCUUCCCUUGGUUUCCAUCUUCACUUUUGGCUCAGAGUCUCAUCUGGCAGCAAAAUCAAUGUGCUGCAAUUGCAGUAUUUACCUGCUUGAAAUUACAAACCAUGAUUUGUCUUAAAUUUGUUUGCUAUCUACUGAAAUACCAAACAUAGUUGUGCCUUGAAACUACCUAAAUUUAUUUUUUGAGCUUUUUGUUGGCAUGUAAAUGUACAGUUGCCUUUCUUUAAGUUUACAGCAUUAAGAUGCUUAAUUGGAACUGAGUCUUUUGGGGCUAAGUGUUCUUACUGGGCAAAGAAAACAGAAUACUUAAAAUAUUAGUCUCUCAGGGACCAUCUGUAGUUGGAGUAUGUGCAAUUGCACUAAGUAGGUACAGGUGGACAGUGGUCUCAGUUCUGUAAAACCACAUUACAUUCUUUUCAGGAUUUUGACACAGGUAAUAUUCUCUUCUUAGCAGAUGCCUAAAACUGAGCCAGCAUGGAGAUUGAUUAUUUUAUUGCCAUAGAUCCUUUUUAUCUUAAGCUUAAACACUGGUAUGGUAGUAAGUUUUAAAUUUAAUGCUUGCAUUUUUCCUGGUCCAUGGACUAAUAAAGUAUCUGUCUGUUUGUUAUUGCCGCCAUUGUUUUAGUAGUCCAAUGUAAGUCUGACAAAAUUAGCAUUUUGUUCUUAGGUUUUAUGGUUUUAUAUUAAUGAAAAUAUUACUUAAACAGCAGUUGAUAUAGUUCAGCUUUCGACUGUGCCACAUUGGAUUUUCUGUUGUGUGUUAAGAAACGUGGGGAAAUCUUGAUGGCAAAUUUUUUCAAGAAUCUUUGCCCAUUGGAUAAAUAGAUCUUCAUUUAAUAUUUAAUUCUGUUCUUCAAAGACAAUUAAAUAACUUGGUUGUGUACAGUACUGUUAGAAUAAGAUAGUAAUUAUAUUGCAGACACCAAGAUGCAUGUUUUACUUUUGUGCAAUGAAUGGAUAAGUUUAUAAUGCCUCAUUGAACAUGCUUAUACUGUAGUGAUAUGAUGGCAGAAAAAAAAUCAGCAUUUUACAAUGGCUGCUCAAGUAAACUGCCCAAAGCAAACCUCAUUAAUUUCAAAGAAUGUAAUAUGGUAUCAAUUUGUACCUCUACAAUAAGGAGCUAAGCAUACAAGACAUCUACAAGUAAUGGGAUGAAUUUAGUGAUCUUUGAUAGUGAUACAUUGGCUGUCUACAUGCUGUCUGACUGAUGAGAACCACAAAACAAGUUUUUAAAUCUGAGGCUCUUUCUAGAAAAGUGGUUGAUGCAAUUAAGACUUCUGUAAUUGUGUAGGAAACUAUAACAAAACAACUCCAAAAACAAAAAAAAGUAUUUAUUUGAAAAUUUGCAUUUAAGACAUACCUCAGUCUUCCUUUUUUAAGGUUUAGGUAUGAAAUUACAAUGUAGUAAGUCUGCUAUAAUAGAUCUUGAAAGGGGGAAACUACUUUAAAUAGGUAUGUACCCGUUAAAAUACACAUCCAGUGGGUUCCUGUUAUGUUUUGUGUGGUAUAAUCUUGAUAUUUGAAAAUUGGCCCCAAUUCAUUUUUAAAUAUUGGAAAGUCUUAGGUCAGUAUGCUUUGUUGUAUUAAAUAAAAAUAUGAAAAUAAAAAUGUCAGCAAUCACUGGGUAGAACUCUAAAAGGUGCAUCCCAUUUGCUCUAUAGGAUUUAUAAUAUAUAAACACUUAAUCAUGUUUUCUUAUUAUAUGUUUAAACCUGAUUACAUGAUUAAAGGGACAUUUGGGUUAAAAAUGACUAUUUAAAAACAAUAAGUUUCCCUGUGUGGGUUAUUAGUAAAUUUGAUUAUUAAAGCUGAAAUAGUUUGAUAAAUUUAACAUUUUUUAAAUUUUUUUUUGCAAUAUUCCUCAACUUGGAGGCUAAAACUAGAUUGUUCAGUUAUUGUUCAUAUUCAGUUUUCCCUUUGAUAAAACACUGCAGGAAGGUGUUUAAAAAUCAAAGUUUUUAUUAACAUUUAAAAGGGAAAAACUAUUUACAUUUUCUAUUGUAUUAACAAGGAGAUUUUUUCAGUUUUUAAAUAAAAUCUAAAUCUUGGGUCUAAAAGUACCUGACUUUGUCCCUUCCACGGCACAAUGUGCAUUUGUCCUAAUCAACAUUUAUGGGGAGUCCAGAUGUGCAGUGCAAACUUUUAGGACUUUAUACAGCUGUCAUUCUAGUAUUCUAAGAAGAGUAUAUCGUCAGGCCCCAUUAAAGUGGCUUUUGGAGAGGGACAUUUGAACUUGUAAUGGGGUCAGGUUGAAUAAACCAUAAAAUCAUUAUUUCGUUUUUGAGAAAGGGAAGAACAGAAAAGUUAAGGGGAAGUUGUAGAUGCCUUUGAAGGAUGGCUGCAUAUAAAAAUACAUGUCAUAUCACUUGGGCUCUCGAUGAAUCACAGUUAACUCGCAUGAUAAACUCAAAAGAAUUAAUCAUGAUUUAAAAUAUUAAUUGCGAUUAAUCACAGUUUUAAUUGCAUUGUUAAACUGUAGAAUACUAAUUGACAUUUAUUAAAUAUUUUUGGAUGUUGUCUUACAUUUUCAAAUAUACUGAUUUCAGUUACAACACAGAAUACAAAGUGUACACUGCUCACUUUAUAUUUAUUUAUAUUUAUUACAAAUAUUUGAGCUGUGAAAAUGAUAAACAAAAGAAACAGUAUUUUUCAGUUCACCUCAUACAAAUACUGUAGUGAAAUCUCUAUCAUGAAAGUGCAAGUUAAAAAUGUAGAUUUUUUUGUUACAUAACUGCACUCAAAAACAUUGAAAACUUUAGCGUCUACAAGUCCACUCCGACCUACAUCUCAUUCAGCCAAUUGCUAAGAUAGACAAGUGUUUACAUUUAUGGGAGAUGAUGCUGCCCACUUCUUAUUUACAAUGUCACUUGAAAGUGAGAACAGGCAUUCACGUGGAACUUUUAUAGCCGGCAUUGCAAGAUAGUUACGUGCCAGAUAUGCUAAACGUUCGUAUGCCCCUUCAUGCUUUGGCCACCAUUCCAGAGGAUAUGCUUCCAUGCUGAUGAUGCUUGUUUUAAAAAAUAAUGCAUUAAUUAAAUUUUGACAGAACUCCUUGGGGGAGAAUAGUAUGUCUCCGGCUCUAUUUUACCUGCAUUUUGCCAUAUAUUUCAUGUUAUAGAAUCUUGGAUGAUGACUCAGCAUAUGUUCAUUUUAAGAACACUUUUGCUGCAGAUUUAACAAAAUGCAAAGAAGGUACCAAUAUGAGAUUUCUAAAGAUAGCUACAGCACUCAACCCAAGGUUUAAGAAUCUGAAGUGCCUUCCAAAAUCUGAGAGAGAUGAGGUGUGGAGCGUGCUUUCAGAAGUCUUUAAAGAGCAACACUCUGAUGCGCAAACCACCGAAAAAAAAAAUCAACACACUGCUGGUGGCAUCUGACUCGGAUGAUGGAAAAUGAACAUGCGUCGGUCCGCAUUGCUUUGGAUUGUUAUUGAGCCUAAUCCAUCAUCAGCAUGGUUGCAUGUCCUCUGGAAUGGUGGUUGAAGCAUGAAGGGACAUAUGAAUCUUUAGUGCAUCUGGCAUGUAAAUAUCUUGCGGUACCGGCUACAACAGUGCCAUGAGAGCACCUGUUCUUACUUUCAGGUGACGUGAACAAGAAGCGGGCAGUAUUAUCUCCUGCAAAUGUAAACAAACUUGUUUGUCUGAGCAAGAAGUAGGACUGAGAGGACUUGCAGGCUCUAAAAUUUUACAUAGUUUUAUUUUUGAAUCUGUUCUUUUUGUACAUACUUCUGAAUUUGUAAGUUCAACUUUCAUAGUAAAGAAAUUACACUAUAGUACCUGUAUUAGGUGAAUUUAAAAAUAUUAUUUCUUUUUUUACAGUGUAAAUAUUUGUAAUCCAAAAUAAAUACAAAGUGAGCACUGCACUCUUUGUAUUCUGUAUUGUAGUUGAAAUCAGUAUAUUUGAAAAUGUAGAAAACAUCCAAAAAUAUUUAAAUAAACUAUUAUUGUUUAACUGUGUGAUUAAUGGUGAUUAAUUGCGAUUAAUUUUUUUAAUUGCUUGACAGCACUACAUAGCACUAGAGAGCAACAAGGUCCAUUCCACAUCAGAGUAGAGCACUGAUUUAAGAUACUGGUUUUAGAAGAAUAAUCUGCAGUUAGUCAUCAAAACAAUUUUGUUUUUAAAAAAAAAUCAGGAUUUGGUAGUUAAGGAAAAAUGUUUGAAAUUUGGUAAUCUCUUUUAAUUAUUCUAAUGUUUUUGAGGUGGUUUUCCAUAUAUACAUAUUAGGCAAUAAAUAGAGAUACAUAACUGAACUAAUGUUUUAAAUGCACUUUUUGGUUUAGUGGGGCUUAGUUUUGAAUCAGCAUGCUUUUGUUUUAUUAUGAAGCAAUUGUGGAAAACAGUAUUUUAAAUUAGAGUCUGAAAAUCAUCAAGGUUGAACAUCCAGACAUUUAAUUCAGUCUCGUUCUGUAAACCUAUUCUGCAAUUUUAAAUUUGUACAAUGUGAUGUAUAUCUAAUAGUGUUUUGAUAAGAAAUUUUAUUAAAACUAAAAGUUGACAUACUAUUUUGUUUUCUUUUUAGUAAUGGUUUUAAUCAUUUGCAAGUUAUUGCAGUGAAGCUGUUUUUGUAGUCCGUGCUUGAAUUGUUAAAAUAUUUGAAUUAUAGUGUAUUUCAUAAGUUAACAUUCUAUUUAAUACAUCCCCUUAUUGUAUCUUUUUCACAA